AUGACUGAACCAGAUACAAAGUCAUUGCAAAUAGUUCAUCAUUCGGAUGAUUGUCAUUCUGAUGAAGUUAUAUAUAGCGCAACAUUGGCGCAAAGUUUGCAUGAGGACCAUUCAAUUAAUUCUCAUAGGGAAUUGGUAUUUCCUUCGUCUGCUAAUGGUCCACUUUCACAAGCACUUGAUAUGGUUAGACCAGUAUCAUCAAGAGAUUUAAUAAUUCCUCCUAGUUCUCAAGAGCAAAGCAGAACUGGAUGUCUUAGCUGGUGUGUAAGAUGGUUUAGAUCUGAGAACCCACUGCAUCAUCAUACUGAUGCUGAGCAUCUGCCUUUGUUACCAAUAUAUCAAGUUCGCUCCAAUACUUCUCCGGUUAUAGGACAACGUUUCACAGGUAAUUUAAUGGAUUUAUUACAAAGAUGGCUUUUUAGGGUGGUCAGACGACAAUAUCCAAACACGUUUACAUGGAUGAUGGCAACCUUCUUAACCAUUUUUUUGAUUUCAGGGAUUUUGGGUCUUUACUACACUGGGAAUAUGACUGCGCUUGUUUCACUUGCAAAGAGUUUAGCCUGUUCUAUGUUCCGCCAAUUUCAGCCUGCUGAUGUCGCUUUACCAGCAUUCUGUAGGGGGUUGUAA